CUUCUUUGUUCAUCAACUGGAAUGAAGUAUUUCACCAGGGCUUUUAAAUACAGGGCAUUAAAAUGACUAGAUGUUCUUUGCCUCUGUUUUUCCUAAUAGCUGGGGCUCACAUGAUUCCAGAGUGUUUCAGUAUGGAAAUUAUUGGAGGACAGGAGGUAGCACCUCAUUCCAGGCCCUUUAUGGCUUCCAUUCAGUACAACGGCCAUCAUGCUUGUGGAGGAGUUCUGAUCCAUCCGCAGUGGGUGCUGACAGCAGCCCACUGCCACUCUCGAUUUGCCAAAGGCCAGUUUCCCACAGUGGUUUUAGGAGCACAUUCUCUGUCAAAGAAUGAGCCCUCCAAACAAACAUUUGAGAUUAAAAAGUUCAUACCAUUUUCAAGACUUAGAUCAAAUUCUAAAUCAAAUGACAUAAUGCUGGUAAAGCUUCACACAGCCGCAAAACUCAACCAGCAUGUCCAAGUGCUCCACCCGAGAUCCAAAAACUAUAUUAGAGCUGGAACCAAAUGCCAGGUUACUGGAUGGGGAGCCACUGACCCAGACGUUUUCAACAUCUCUGAUACCCUUCAAGAAGUCACCGUGACCAUUAUAAGUCAAAAACUUUGUAACAGCCAAAGUUAUUACAACCACAAUCCUGUUAUAACCAAAGACAUGAUAUGUGCAGGAGACACCAGAGGCAAGAAGGAUUCCUGCCAGGGCGACUCAGGUGGCCCCUUGGUUUGCAAAGGUGUCUUCCAUGCCAUAGUCUCUGGAGGUCACAAAUGUGGCAUUGCCAAGAAACCUGGAAUCUACACACUAUUAACCAAGAAAUAUCAGGUUUGGAUCAAAAGCAACCUUGUCCCACCUCAGGCAUAUUGAGAUUGCAAAUAAUUUUCUCAGAUCUUCCAGUUACUUGCACUUUUUCACCAUAUGCUCACAGAUCAAUAUCAGAUGUAGGUGGAUACAGGUACAAGUUCAGUUGGGAUAAAUUUCUAUACCUGGAAGACUCCUUUUGUUAAGGAACUAAGCUCUUUUUCAUGCACGUUGCUGAUGUAUUUUUACCAUGCUGAUUUCAUCCUAAAUAAAAUUUAGAUGAUUCUUCA